AGUGUUAACAACUCACACCAUUUCGCCGAGUGAGAUGAGUGAGCAAGAGAAGCACCAUGGUGUCUACAAUUUUACCCUUCUUAACCCGGUUUACAAUUGAACACAAGUACCAAAAACUAGUUCAUAAUGUAAGUUUUCUUAUGCUAUAAACAGUUAAAAUUUUGACUCCAAAAAUGUCUAGUCUAAUCUAGUAGAGUUAUGCAUUAAACAGUGCGAAAAUAUGUGAGACAUGACUGGAUUAAAAGUUUUACAAAAAUGCAUACUCAAAUUGGAUUCAAGUUUUUUUCUAUGAAAAUGCAUAUGCAAAUUUUAUACUAAACAGCAUAUCACCAAGUCUUGCGAAAGUGAAAGUUCAACGAAAAUAAUGAAGCUUCAUGACUUAUAAACAACUCUGUGGAAAGAGAAAGAUGACGACCACAAACUUAAAACUAUUGGACCACAUGGUGCUCGCGAGGAACAAAUUUGUCUUCCUCCUGCUCCUCCUUUUCUCCUCUGGUGUCGGUGGUGGGGCAUUAUUUCAGCAAAACGAACUUCUCCCAUCGUCCUCACUGGAGGCAUCCGAAUUCGGACUGAUGCUUCCAUCCGAUAGAUUUCUGAGCUGUCAUUUCAACACUCUCUGCUACUGCAAGUACAUCAAGCAGAACACUGAAGUCCACGACACCCUUGUCAUCCUCUGGCAUCAAUCGUCCUUCAACGAGAGCAUUUUCCUCAAAGCGAUUAUGAAGGAGUACAAUUUCUCUCCGAAACAAAAGAGCGGUGGUCAAAAGCACGAUUACAGCAACUACGUCCACCCGCAGUACUCGCCCGGCGGACAGGUGGACAUUUAUCAACUCAUCGACAACAUUGUCAAUUCCUCGACGUCCAGCAAUAUCAAGUUUGAUCCGGGACCCAUCUUUGAAUUUGUCUGUGUCAACGUUCCCCUCGCCGUUAUCCCGACAGAUUACAACGCCCAAGGAAUUUUAUCCCACGUGACAGUGGCCGGAUCCAAGCUGAGCAUCCUGGACGGAUCUGCAUUCGCCGGACUUGAAAUUCAAAAUAUUCAGUUGAACAAAAAUGAGCUUUACUUCAUUUCAGAGUACGCUUUUAGCUCCAUGAGCAAUUCCUUAACCGUGUUGGAUUUGUCGUCCAAUUUCCUGGAUGAAAUUCCUUUCGCUGCCUUCAAAUCACUCAAGUUACUGGAGUGGCUCAAUCUCAGCAAUAACCGGAUCCGCACGGUGGAAGGAGACUGGUUUGGUUUGACGAUGUCUUUGCGCCAACUUACUCUGUCUGAAAACUCGAUUGGGAACCUUCCUCAGAAAUUAUUUCAUCCAUUCCAUCGCUUAAUUUGGCUCGACCUCAGUUCCAAUUUCAUCCGAAAUCUUAGCCAACACAAUCUACCGCCGAAUGUACAGACGGUGAUCAUGACGAACAAUCCGAUCUCGGUGUUCCCUCUGGGCAUUUUUGCACUCCGGUCGCUGUCCUGGCUGGUCUUUUCGGGCUGUGGGAUUGAAAAUGUCCCAAACUUGUAUCCUCGGGGAACCGCGGCAACCCAGCUAAAUCAACUGGACAUUUCACACAAUCUGAUCCAGCACUGGCCAAAUCGACCGUUUGCCAGCCAACUCAAGAUUUUGGAUUUGGAUGUGAGCAAAAAUUACAUUGUGGCGUUACCAUCUGGUGCUUUCCAUUCGAUGAAUGCAUUCCGAAUAUCAUUUGGGCACAACCGCCUCGCAACUAUUGAUCCCAUGGCAUUCGACACACUUGGUCCGACUCUUCAGUAUCUGAAUCUGGACAACAAUCGGUUGGAGGGCGUGCCCUGGGUGGAGAUUGGCAAUCUCACUUCACUCAAACAUCUCUAUUUGGGGAAUAAUCUAAUCCGGGAUGAAUCACUCGAGAAAGGGAAAGACAUGGAGUUUGACUGCAGUAAUCUACAAUACUUUGGACUAAAUGGGAACGGUCUCACACGGCUUCCUCGUCGCAUCCUAAACUCAUGCAUCUCUCUAAUUCACCUCAACUUGGGCUACAACCAGAUCGGAAACUUGGAUGAACUUGUGACCCGAAAGUUCAAAAUGCUCUCCACCCUCAUCCUGCGUAACAAUCCGAUCCACUCCCUCUCCUUUGAAGGCAACAGCAAGCCGGCCUAUCAUCAUUUUUUCCACGACGACAAAAACAAUCCCACUCCCACCCUCCCAUCAGCCUCCAUUCUCAACCCGAACGAAGUUGUUCUUCACGGGCAACAAUUUCAUAAAUCGCUGGAUAAAAUUCCAAACGUAUUUCGUCCCGAGUCGUUUCCUCGCCUGUUUGAACUUUCUCUCUCAUUUUGCGAGCUGAGCGGAGAACUCGCCCCGUUCCCCGCACUUGCUUUAACUAACCUCGAAAUCAGCAAUGGGCUCAAGAGUGCGACAUCCAUUAAGGCCGAGUCCUUCCAAGCACUUAGAGAGCUCGAGUGGAUCGCAUUGGAUAAUAACCAAAUAGUGAAUGUCAGCGAGUACACCUUCUACUCCAACAAGAACAUAACCUACGUCAAUCUCGAGUUUAACCGGAUAUCGGUCCUGCCACGGCAGAUGUUUCACCCGGACAUUCACCACUCGAUGAGAGAAUUACGAUUUUCUCACAACAAGAUUCAAACUAUCGGGUCGGAUUCAUUCCUCUCUUUUCCGGUGGGAAAUAUGGACCAAUCUUUUCAGACCACUAUCGACCUAAGCUACAAUACCAUCCAUACAAUUGAACGCCACGCAUUCACAGUCCCACCCCCGUCGCCAAUUUCGCUCGCAGUUUCGGCGACAAAUUCAAAAAUAUUCUCAAGAAGUGAAGGACUCAAUUUGUUUUUGAGACACAAUCGCAUCACAACCGUUCGCAGUGGGGCUUUCUCCCAGGAAAAGUUUGCCCUGGUCGAUAUCGCCUUCAAUCUACUGACCCACUUCAAUUUCGAUACUUUUGGAAAGAAAUGUCUCGUCGGAGGUGUGAACAUUAGCCACAAUUCGAUCGAGCGGAUAAACAGUCAUGGUGGGAGACGUCUGCUGAUUAAAUUCCUCGACGCAUCGCACAACAAGCUGAGUUACGAGGGGGUCAAGAUCCGCACGGUGUGUCCAAAAGAGCUACUGGAUCUCAGCUUCAACCGAAUUGAACGCGUGGAUGGAGACCUCUUCCCGACCAAUUGUUCCAUUAAGGUAGUGAAUCUGAAUAGUAACAAGAUUGCCAGCCUGGACCCUGACGCUUUCUCGCAACUAAAGGACUUGACGGCGCUUUAUUUAAAGGGGAAUCUGAUCUCCUACGUGCCCGAGAUAUUAUUCAUUCGUAACCACAAACUGACACAUUUGGACCUUGCCGAGAACAAGAUUCGUUCCCUGCCACGCGAUUCGCUGGUGGGAAGCAACAUUGAAAUUCUUCACUUAUCUUCAAAUCAGUUUGUCAGCAUACCCGUCGGCUCUCUGGCGCAGAUCUCUCGCCGACUUAAAAUACUGGACAUUUCAGGAAAUGCUUUGGAACAUCUGGACAGCACAAUGUUUGAAUCCAUUCCAGGCUUGGUUCACUUAAACUUGUCCUCAAACAGACUUUCCAUACUUCCUGAUAACGCUUUUGCAAAUCUGGCCUCGCUGCGGGAGCUGGAUCUCUCCCACAACUAUCUCCGGGCCAAUUUUAAGGAGCUGUUUCACUUUGUCCCAAAACUCAAACUUUUGCGAAUUUGCGAUUGUGGGAUUACAACGCUUCCUCACUUGCCAUUGCCACAUUUGAGCACCCUCGACCUCUCAAGGAAUGGUCUGACUGAAAUCAGCACGCAAAGUCUAACCUCACUUAAUAGACUUCGCUCACUCGACCUGUCACAUAAUCUUCUCCAAAACUCUCGAUUGCCUAAUUGGACUCCACUUUCAAACCUCGUUAAGCUCAAAUUGUCCAACAAUCCCGUUAAAAGUUUAACACGUGACACAUUUUUCGGGCUGAGUCGAUUGGAGAGUUUGGAGAUGCUGGACCUCGACCGUGUGGAUCGAUUUGAUUCUGAUGUGCUUUCCAACCUAAUGAACCUAAAGCAACUUUCUGUCGAAACGUACCCCAACAUUGAGAAAUACCGUUUCAGACUGGGAGCUGUCCUCUCCGGAAUCGGGAGUUUGGAGGAGUUACACGUGCAAAUCAAGGAGUCGACCCUCUCUGACCAAUUAUUCGGAGGAAUUUUACCCGGCCUGAGAAAACUGAGGGUGACGGGUAACAACUUGCGUCGGAUUGAGGAGCAGGCUUUCGAAGGUCUUCAGAACUGUCUGCACAUGGAGUUGACGAUCAGCGGUACGUCGGUGGAGGAAAUCCCAUCAAGAAUCUUUGAACUUCUCCUCAACGCACAGUGGGCCAAGCUGGACUUGUCCUUUAAUAAAAUUUCCACCCUCAACUCUGCCAGUUUGUAUCCCAACUCGUCAUUCUGGUUCUCCAAAGGAACUAAGCUCCUCCAAGGUGGAUUAGUCCUUACCGGAAAUGACAUGCAGUGCGACUGCAAUUUAGUUUGGCUUGGUGACUGGUUGCGUCGUUGGUUACGCGAAUCUUUCGAGUCUCAUUCUGCCCUAAUUCCUGAAGUCCACGCCAUGUACGAAGUAAUCAGUGAGACGACCUGCCUCGACUCCAGAUAUUCUGCAAACACCAAGAUUCCACUCGUCCGGCUGUACCCCGACCACAUCUGCCAUGCCUCCGCCCUCUCGGCCGCUAACUCACUUAAGUACUUUAAUUUCCUCACCUUCUUCCUCAUUAUCCAGCUCCUCAUAGUCUCCUGACAAGGUAGAGGACAACUUAUCACCUAAUCAUGGCUAUGGCGUCGAGAGGAGAGCGGUGUCUUGCAGUGCGGCGAAUCUGGAAUUCUGCUCACUUUCACUUUACGUUGUAUACGGUAUUUCGCUAGAUGUACGUAAUAAUAUCAUGAAAAUAACAGAUAUGUGACUAUUUUUCUUAUUCAAACAUAACAUACAUAUCGGUGUAUUGAUCGUGGUGAACAGACUUAAAUAAACUAUAAACCAAAUAAUCAAAACUUAA